CCGACAGGCGGUGCUGGCGGACGCUUUUCUUAACACGUCACGAGGGAGUCGGUAGGGGCUCCAGUCAGUGGUUAGCACUGUCUAAACAUCAGUUAACACAACCGUCUCGACCUGAAGGUGUCAAUGGUGUUGGCUUGAUGGGAUCCAAGCGGACGUCAAAGUGAUGGUCUAAGGACUCGCAGUCACAGAGGUGCUUGCGCGUGGAAUGUUGCGCUGGUCGGUGCACCUAGAAGGAGGGCCGCGGAGAGUCAACCAUGCUGCUGUGGCGGUGGGGCACAAGGUGUACUCCUUUGGAGGCUACUGCUCCGGGGAGGACUACGAGACACUUCGUCAGAUUGAUGUGCAUGUCUUCAACACAGUGUCUUUGCGCUGGAUGAAGUUGCCUCCAGUGAGGACGGGAGGACAUGAACGUGCCCGUGAAGUGCCAUAUAUGCGUUAUGGCCACACAGCUGUGCUGCUAGAUGAUACUAUCUACCUCUGGGGUGGGCGUAACGACACAGAGGGGGCUUGCAAUGUGCUUUAUGCCUUUGAUAUCAACACCCACAGAUGGUUCACACCCAAGAUUUCGGGGACUGUUCCAGGAGCAAGGGAUGGCCACUCGGCCUGCGUCCUGAGGAAGGCAAUGUAUAUAUUUGGAGGAUAUGAGCAGCUGGCUGACUGCUUCUCCAAUGACAUCCACAGGCUGGACACCACCUCCAUGGUUUGGUCAUUAAUUAAUGCCAGAGGCACUCCGGCACGCUGGAGGGAUUUUCACUCAGCCACCAUCAUUGGGACAAAGAUGUUUGUGUUUGGAGGGCGAGCAGACCGCUUUGGUCCCUUCCACUCCAACAACGAGAUCUACUGCAACAAGAUUAAAGUGUUCGACACAGACACCAACUGCUGGCUGAGCACUCCUUCAACACAGCCAUUGCCAGAGGGACGCAGGAGUCAUUCUGCCUUUUCCUACAAUGGAGAGCUGUAUAUAUUUGGAGGAUACAAUGCCCGUUUGGACCGGCACUUCAAUGACCUCUGGAAAUUCAAUCCAGAAGCGUUUUCCUGGAACAAGGUAGAGCCAAAGGGGAAAGGCCCAUGUCCGCGGAGACGGCAGUGCUGUUGUAUGGUUGGAGAUCGAAUCAUCCUCUUUGGAGGAACCAGCCCCUGUCCAGAGCAAGGAAUGGGUGAUGAAUUUAACCUCAUGGAUCAUUCAGAUCUGUAUAUCUUAGACUUCAGCCCUAAUUUGAAGACGUUAUGCAAAAUAGCUGUUAUUCAGUACAGUCUGGAGCAGUCAGGACUCCCACAUGAUAUCAGGUGGGAACUGGCAGCCAUGACCACCAACAGCAACAUCAGCAGACCCAUCUUCUCCUCCCAUGGCUGACGCAGCUGAAUGUGAAGCAGAACCAGAACUGCUUGCUCCAUUUCCGGACACUAGGCUUUUAUCUUUCUAAUCAAAUGAGCUCCGACGGACUGUUUUUGUAGAGUUUGGAUCUGAAUUGGAUUUAUUUUCCACAUUCUUCAAGUGAAAACUCAUUACUGACCAAAAUCUCCCGCGUAUCCUUGGACGCCAUGAGCUUUCUCACGUCGAAGGAUAUUUUAACCCUUGAGAACACUGGUCAUGUGAAACAGAAAAUUUGUUGAUACCUGUUCACCUUUUUUCCUCUUCUUUCUAGCCUCUCUAGAAAUCCAAUCAGCCUAUGAUAAUCAUAGACUUCUAAUCUUAAGCACAGGAAGAGACAAGAACUUGAGCCAAAGGCCUUGAGAGCUAACCUCUUUGUUGAGGAUGUCAUCCUGAUGUCACACUCAACAGAUCUUCCGUAAGAGACAAAUGUGAACCUUCUGUUCCAGAUAUAAAGAGACUGAGAUGGUCGUGACUUUGUAUAUCUUGCAGCUCUGAAUUGAUCAUAAAACCAUGUAAAACUACCAUGUACAUUUGCAGCAAAUUAUGUUAUGUGCACAGUAUAUGGAGUGGGCGAGGCUAAUUUAUUACUUUGGUGUUAAAUGCAAGGAGACAGAGUAUGGGGUACAUACUGCUUACCUUUUCCCCACCUUCAUCAUAACCUGGCUAGCAGCCUCAACUGCUCUUAAGUGUCUCAAAGAUGAUUUGCAAGGCGACUGAAGCAAGCCAUCUGUCCGCCUUGUAAAAUAAUCAAGUCCAUCUACCUCCCUCAAUAGCAUGUAUCAGUGAGUCUUUAAUAUGACUUCCCAUACAUUAGACAUCUACCCCCCCAACCACCCCCCAAAAAAGAGCCCUUUUGUUUGUGGUUUGUCUGUUGUGUUCUUCCAAGAAAUGUCGCCGUGUCACUGAGGAGUGCGACUCAGCUGCCACGCCACCCUUACUUUGUAGUUUGUUUUUCAGUGCCAAAUUUAGAAGGGAAACAUGAUGCAGAUAUAUACUGUGUAUGUAUGUAAGCACGUGGUCCCUCCUACACUUAAUCCUAGCCCUGCUGCUUGCCUGUUUUUGUGGGGGAGACCAUCGCUAAUAUGCAUAAUGUAGUUGCGCCUCUUAUAGACAAUCCUACAGCGUUCAGACUCUCCCCGUGACCUGCUUAUUCACAGCACGGAGAAAAACCAGGAAAAGAGUGGACGUGUGUUUUUGUGUCACUACAAGCAAAGCUCCACCUGAGCAGAUAUUAUAAAUGCAUAAGGGCUGUCAUUGGAUAACAUACUCGCCACACAGCAAAACUAUUUGGAAUAGCUUAUACUGGGGAUGUUUAUUCAGGUUGUGUGUUUUUUAUUUUAUUAAUACUAAUUACACCUUUUAGAACAAAACUUUAAAAACACAAGUGGUGGUCGUCUUUUUUUAACCUUUUAUCUCUUUGGUUAAAAGAUAAGAUUGGGGUUAUUGUAUAUUUCUGAUUUUGUCAACAAAUGCCAUAAAAAGACCAAAACCUACAGUGUAUUAAUCCUUCUGUCAACACUUUCCUACCGUGUCCUUGGCUCUCAGCUGCAAGCCCAUUGGUUCCUGUUGAACGGUACCAACAUAACGUUCAGUCAUGCCGACAGCUGGGCGCUGUCGUUUUUAACAAUUGUUACUCUAACAGGAGUAAGUUAAGUAUUUGUCUGGAACUUUUUUUUUAAUCACAGAUUUGGUGCACUUGUGAGUACUGGCAGCAGCAGGACCAUGUAUUAAGGUAUCGACUCAAAUUGAAGUGGUCAUCUUUAGGACGAAACAGGUCAACCAGUGCAACGCUGUGGCUGACUUAAGUGUUAUAAAUAGUUUUGGAAAACAAUAAAAGUCUACGGAGUGAGAUACAUCUAGCUUUGGAUACUCAGACAAUACUUUCAGUUAUCAGUUAAUUGUUGAUUUUGGUCUUUUUAUGGGAUUUGUUGACAAUAAGAAAAAUACAGAAUGUCAGUAGACUUAUCCUUUGAAUCUUAUAAAUAAAAAUUAGUAAUAGGGUACGACAUUGAAAUGAAUGACUUGAUGGAUAUACAGCUAAAGAGUUUUAUUUAUACUGCCUACUUUUGAUGUGAAUAGGCACAAUGUUACCACACACAUCAAUGCUUUUCAGUCCUGGUCAUCAGGACCAAGUCUGCUGCUGUUUUCUGUCCUGCCAGAUAGUUGAAUCUGUAUCAGUCAGUCCCUGAUCAGCUUGUUCAAAUUAAACCCUGCAGGGCUCAGGGUCCCAAACAUCAGGAUUGGAUAACACUGACCUACAUCAUAAAUGUUUACAAAUCUGUGUGUUUCAUGUAAAGCAGUGUAAAUCAAUUGUAAAUGCAGGUUGAAGUCACCAGAUAACUGCACUAAAGCCAAUCGUGGCAUGUCAGGCCUUACAGAGAGGAGACGUAUUGAAGCUGCUUUUUGCCUAAGUAGACUUCCAGAGUUUAAAACGUUUGCCUGCCCAAAAUAAGUGUGAAAUAUUUGUUUGUUUUUUUACAGACCGGUGGUGCCAAUGUGACACAGUCUUGUGCCCUCUACACUGCACAUGGACAUAUGACACACUAGAUAUUCCUCAGUACCCCACUUACUUGGACUAUAUAACAGCUAAUGCAGUGAAACCACAGGGAAGCUAAUUAUGUGUUCAAGAAAAAAAAAUACUAUGCUGAACAAAUCAAACUGUUUAUGUGACACCAAAUGGCCAUCAGCAAAACUGAUUUUUUUAUUUUUUGAAAUAUUUGUUUAUUUCUUUUUUCUAAUGUGUGGUGUGGAAGUAAUUUUUUUCAGCAUUUGGGGUUCUUCUCAUGUUGCGUGAGAAGAUUAUGGGUGAUGGUAUUUUCAGUCAAGAACUUUUCAGGAAUAUGACAUGAAGUAAAUAUUAAGUAAAUGACAAUGUAGAUAGAUACUAUGGUCAGAAAUAAAAUACCUGCGCAAUAAAGUUCCUCAAUGAUGGUCACUCGCUUACCUCCAUGAAGGCAGUGCUAAUUGCUAAUGACAAGUGUUAGUGAUUUUGCCUGAAUAUAUUGGCAUUGCAUUUUUAAUGGCCGUGAUGUAAAACCACAAUUUGUAAGGCUCCUCUAUUAUUUAUUGUCGUUUUACUUUGUGAAGAGGCUUUAGUAAAUUUUUGAUCAAACUUCACAGUGUGACUUGCUUUUCCAAAAUAGCAUUUGCCAACCUAGAAAAAACUGCUUCAGUCAAGAAAAUAAUAAUAAUAAUAAUCUUUAUUUGUAGAGCACUUUUCAAAAACAAGUUACAAGUGUAAAGACAAUAAUACCCAAGAGACAAUAAUACAAAAACAAUACAAGAUAAAAGCAUGAAAACAUUGAAAAGACUAAAAUACACUUAAAAAGUGCAUCAUUGGAUUAUAGCGCGCACACAUGAUAAAGUUGUUCAGUGUGAGCAGUAAUUAUUUGCCAAACAGAAGUAUGUGACCAGACUGAUUCAUGCCAAGAAAUCUUUUCUAACUAGGUCUUACAGUAAAUGGCUGAAUCAUUCAUUAACAACAAACAUUGCUUGGAAAAAAACUGAUCAAAGUUUGGAGUGUAUUUGGAAUCAUUUUACAGCUGUGCAGGCCUACACUCACUGUUUUUGUUUAAUUUUAUAUUUUACACAUUUUUCAGAGGGGACUCUGUAUCUGUCGAGGCUGGUCAGGACUUCCUGUGCAAUAUGCUUUAUCACUGUAUACAUAAUAAAUCUGAGACAAUUUGAGUUGUUAA